ACGAAGAAAAAAAAAAACAGAGACUGACCUGCCCCCGGGGUUCCUCCGCCGCCGCCGCCGUCGAUGGCCGACCUAGCGGCGCUCACGGACGACGUCCUAGCGGAGAUUCUCCUCCGCGUACUUUCCCUGCGGGACCUCGCGCGUGCCUCCGCGUCGUGCGCCUCCUUCCGGCGGGUCGUCUCCUCCUCGUCCUUCCUCCGCCGCUUCCGCCCCCUCCACGCACCGCCCCCGCUCGGCGUCUUCUGCUGCUACCCUGCCGGUCGCGGCGGCACGGCUAGAUCCCAGUUCCACGCAGCCCUGUCGCCUCACCCCUCGGCGCCCCUCGCCCGCGCGGUCGCCCGUUCAGCCGACUUCUCCUUCGCCUUCCUCCCGCCGCCCGCCGCCGACUGGCUCGUCCGCGACAGCCGUGACGGCCGCUUCCUCCUGGACCGCCCGCGUGACGGCUCCACCGCCUUCACCGAGGUGGCCAUAUGCGACCCCCUGUUCCGGAGGUAUCGUCUUCUCCCGCCCAUCCCCAACGACCUCGCCGCCUCCGUGGGAAACCCCUACGUCCAGCGCGGCGGGGAUGGUGACUCUCAAUCACGCAGCAGCGAAAUAUUCCUGGCUUCUCGUAGUCAUGACAGUGUCAAUGAGGAAGACCCGGCGUUCACUGUGAUUUGGAUGGCAUGCUGUCGAGGGAAGCUGGUCGCGUUCUUCUACUCGUCAGAGUCACAGCAAUGGCGUGUGCUUUCACCUCCAGAACACUACGCUCUGAGCACCAGAAGAGUCAUGGGCGUUCGUCUAGGACAGCGCAACCAUGCUCAUGCUUGCUUCUACUGGAUGGUAACCCUCACGCAUAGGUGGCUUGUGUUGGACACCUGCAAAAUGGAGUUCUCUGUCAUAGACAUCUCGCCUGUCCUGUCAGGCUGUGUGAUGAUGUUCAGUAAUCAAAUUACCACUCUGGAGUCAAGUGAUGGCAGGACUACUGUUGUGGUCUCUGAUGUUUUCCGACCAGAUAAAAGAUGUGUGUUGUACUUUUAUGCAUUCAUGUAUUUCAGGGACCGGUGGCAGCUCCUGAACAGAGUCACCUUGCCUGAGGAAUGGGGAUAUCGAUUUAGAGGCAUUAUAGGUUCUGCUGAGAGAUACUUAUUUAUAAAACUAGAUCACCCUAAGGAGAACCUGAAUGAUCAGAGUGAGCGACAUGUUGAAUAUUUUUCGCUUGAUGUCAAGACCAUGCAGCUUGGGAGUUUCUGUCGGACGACCCUUCUUACUGUCAGCGAAGCCUACCUGUAUUGUGGUUUUCCUCCAUCACUAUUGCUGCCUUCUAUAUGAUUUGGAUUAUUGUGGUAGAGGAGUGCCAAUAACAGUGCCUCUGUGAGCACAUGGAGUGAGGAAAAAAGUUGGGCAAAUGAAGUUGUUCGAAAUGAGAAAAUUACUUAGAUUGGCACUUGACCAGAGAUGUUAUUAAAAGAGAUGCUAAAAUAAUAUAGGUCAUGGUGAUCCUUGAGAAAUGCAGGUGUCCUAUCGAUCCUUGUGAUUAAUUUCACUAUCUCAACUGGGGGAUCUACCACAGAGACUAUUAGGCUGGCCCUCUUGUAUUUCAUAUUGUGGGUCAGAGGCUCACAGCAUCAGACUGGUGACGAAGAUUGAUACGAUUGGCACAUGGACUGGUGAUCCUUGAGAAAUGCAGGUGUCCUAUCGAUCCUUGUGAUUAAUUUCACUAUCUCGACUGGGGGAUCUACCACAGAGACUAUUAGGCUGGCCCUCUUGUAUUUCAUAUUGUGGGUCAGAGGCUCACAGCAUCAGACUGGUGACGAAGAUUGAUACGAUGGAACAGUGAAGCUAACUAGGUUGAACUUGAUAUGGUGUUGUUCCUCGGUGGCCAUUAGGGCAUACAAGAUGUUUAGUUUGUGAUCAUUACUGUAGUAGGUUUUCCAUUUGUUACAAGAAACUGCUUGUUAGAGCUGUAGUAAUAGAAUCGUUACCUUGAAAACAUGUUCAAGCUUUUACUGUUAACUGUAACCUGGCAAACCCAGCAACACUAUGUUUCUUUGCUGUGUUGAUGUGCCACCACUGUCUUGCUAAAUCUCUCCGUUCAUUUUUAUAAGUUGUACCUGGUUUCCUUAGCGUAAGUAUUUAACUGAUAUAAUCACCA